AUGAAAUUUUUACUGAUUCUGGCAAUUCUAUACUUAGAUAUUGUUGCAGCUGACAAAGCACCAGAGAAAAAUAUUGCUAGUGGAAAUUCAAUAUUUAAAUUAACGAUUAAGAAUCGACCUUACACGUCCAUUUAUAAAUAUACUUCAAAAGAGCCAUAUUUAUCUUUAGUCGCCGAAAUUAAAUAUGGGAUGAGAACAAUGUUUUUUGGAGCAGUUGGAAACUAUUAUGUUCCGCGCUUGGGGAAAGUAAGACCGUACGGCUACUGUGUUCCAUCUUCUAUAGCUCCAACUGCUGCUAAUAAUACAACACCAAUAAUUUUGCCAACUGACUGCAGAAUAUGUGAUGUUUUAAACGCAUCUUAUUUUUCCCUUUUUGGAUGCCGUUGUGGACAUUACAGCCAAACAAUAGUUCAAAUUAAGGCGAUUCUCUUCUUCAAUUACUCACUCAAUGCCGAUUUUCGAAGAGAAAAAAUUAAGCAAAUAUGGGAUAUAGCCAUGACUCACGGAUUUAUCGGCAACUUAAUGUUGGUACCUGAGCAGUGUGAAUUACAAUUAAAAUUGACGGUUCAAUUUAAAAGUACACUACCAUCGAUGAUCAAAAAUAUUACGCUAUCCAACAGCACUAAUUACGAAGCCAUUUUCCGCAGAGCAAUCCGCACCACGUCCGAAAUCGGCAAUGGACUUUCAUUAAUUGGUGCCAUUAUGACUAUUAUGACUUUGCGCUACUUCAGGCUGAUAAAGUUUACCAUAUUGUUAGGAUUUGGUAUUCCAGCCUUGGCGGUAGGAACUGCGGCAGUUUUAGAUGGCGAUAAUAUUUAUGAGAGGAAUGCUAAUGGAUUAAAAUCAUCAAUAAGUCAUCAUCGUAUCCGGACUAAAAUUACUAUGUCCCAAGUUCGAUCUUUAAUGGCAUUUGUUACCGCUUUAGGCCUAGCUUGGAUAUUUGUACUAUUGACUUAUAUUGAAGGGCCGACUGUUUUAAGGCACUGCUUUGAAGCAAUGUUUGUUACUUUUACAUCAUUGCAAGGUUUCUUUCUAUAUUACCUUUACUGUAUAUCUAAAAAAGAAAUCAGGAUUUGCUACUUGGAAUUGUUUGAUUAUAAACCUAAUAGUCAGACACCUACAAUAACAGUUUUCUUCUUCUUAGUUGUAUCAUUAAAAAGCAACGAUGAUUAUCUAGCUGUUGUUACUUAUAACCUAAUAAAAUCAGGAAAUAUUAAAAUACCAACCCGUUGA